AUGGCGUCUGGAAACAGAAGCGAAGCUCAAGAGUUAUAUCCUGGCAAUGCUCAACAGCAACACUCCAUGGCAUCUGGAUAUCCUGGCUAUGCUCAACUGCCACAGAUUCUGGCAUCGGACGAUCCUGGCCAGGCUCAACAGCUAUAUCCUGGCUAUACUCAACCCCCGCACCCCAUGGCACCUGAAUUCCACGCUCAAAAUUCAUAUCCCGGCUAUACUCAACCCUCGCACCCCAUGGCACCUGGAUACCCUGGGCAAGCCCAGUGGAAGUCAAGCAUCCCAGGGUCCAGAAAACGCCCUGCCGAGGAAUCCUUGCCGGCAGGAAGCCAAGGCUAUCAUUCUUCCAAGAGACAAUGCCAACAAGGCAUCUUCCCGGGAGGCUUCCAGCAUCCUUCUCGCGUCGAUAGACGUCUGCAAAAGUUGUGUUGGAAGGCCUUUCGAACGAUGGACACCAAAAUCAAGUAUUUGGACGAUGCUUAUAAGGAUAAGCGAGAACAGGAUAAAUGGGAACUCUUGAAAAGCGAACGGGAAUUUGAGAAAUGCCUGCCAUCCCUGAGAGGCGAGUACCAGGGCGCGUUGGUGUCGGUCACACAGGAGCACCAAAAAGAAGGCGCGCACUUGAGGCUGCAAUUACUGGUUAACCAGAGACGAUUGCGAGAUGUCCGCCGGCUAGAAGACUGGCUUUGGAGAAGGUCGUAUGCCGAAUUGGACAAAAUCUGGGAUGGCUGGGUCAGUGGUAACGUACAAGACGUCCGUCCACACCUUGCACAAUUUGUCCGCCACAUGGAUGCCACGGCAAAUCACCUUACCUCCACCC